GAUACUUGCUGAUCGCUCUUCUCAUGGGCGCCGUGUGUUCACAGCCUCAAGCUCGGUGGCAAGACAAAGCAAAAAAAUUACAGAGAAACGGUAUACGGAGGUGCUUUUGUGCAGAGUGCCAACAGGGCAUUGCUAGCUCGCCGAUCCAUCUCAAUGACCGGCAUCUUGCCGCUUAAAGCAGAGGGGACAGCACUCGCAUCUGGGAGUCUCUCCAUCAAACUCCUUUCAUCUCAUUCACCUUCAAGGCCGCGAGUCAAGCUCUUGUGCUGGUCACAAGAAGGAGAUCAUCUUCUCGAGUCUUUGAAGCUCUUGUGCUGGUCACAAGUACAUCUCCGAAUAAUCGAAGCUACUCCGAACCAUCAAGUCUUUUCUAUGCAGCCGUUUCGUGGCUCUGCGCGGAUCGCGCUGAUGUGCACGACUUUCUUUGCAAGUGUGAUGGCGCUCGCAUCUCAGACCCCCUCGGGCGCUUCGGGCGGAAGCGCUCCGGAAAGUGUACGCUCAAGCUAUCCGGUAGCUGAUGCGCAGCCUGCCAAGAUGGGUGCAUCGGCAAGCAUCGGGAACAAGCGCAAAUUCGAUGCAGCGUACGAGCACAUCAGACAAGCUACCGCACAGCGCGAAUUGUUGGACGCUCAGCACAUCGGGCGCGGCACAAUGGGCAGCAGCAGCAGCAGCAGCCAGCAAGCGCUGAGCCAUUACUUGCUGCCCACGUAUCAUCCUCCCGCAGUGGAGGCGAAACGAAAGUUCGACUUGGCGUACGAGCGCAUCAGGCAAGCUGCUCAGCGACGCGAAGCCUUGCUCGCUCAGCACCCCCGCUUCGAAGUGGGACAAUCUUCUGGCUUUGCGCGCGGCCACCGUCGAGGGACGCAUCGCAACCUCAAUCUCAACCUCUCUCUAUCGCCCCCACACUCGCCACCAAGCUCGCCCAGCUCGCAUCUGAGUUCAACUGCGCCGCGAAGCCCCCGGCUCAGAUCGCCCAGUCCCCUCUCCCGCAGCGCUGAGCUAGCCGAGUGGAUCUGGCAGCACGGUGCACGCUAACAUAUCCCCAGCGUCUAGCAGUCUCGCUCGCACCUCUCCCCGUCCUUCAUCCCGACCCAUGCCGUUCUCUUGCCG